AAUGUACAAAUUAGAUAAAAAUAAUUAUAAAUAUAAAUUAGAUAAAUAAUUAUAAAAAUUAUUAUAUAAAUAAGUUGAAUAUCUAUGAUUUGUAUCGUUAUUCAUCAUCUUCUCCCAAAUUUCCAAGUUUUAAAUAUUCUAAAAAUUUAGAUUUUCGGAAAUCUGAAGUCGCGAGAAUCAUCUCUUAUGAUAUUGUACUUAAAGAUAAAAAUAAUUGAUGAUUAAUACAGCAUAGUCCAUUGUCUUCAACUAAAUGGAGAACUUUUUUGAUUAUGUGGAACUCUGUAACACGAAAUAUAUCUGUUUACGAUGCUGACAAUAAUGAUAUCUUUAUAAAAUACCGAGAUGAGGAAAAAUCGAAUAGCACAAGCAUAUAUUCCACGUUUAUAUACAGCAACGAUUCUGCAUUCAUUCGACUUCACACAUGUAAGUAUGAAAGCACUUGAAAACUUUCUAUCAAUCGAGAUAUUUAGAACAAAGUAACAACUAUAAAUAAACAUUUCUUAAUUAUGUUUUUACCUCUUGCAGAUACUUUUCUGCACACGACCGUUGAAAACACAACUUUAACAAGUCCCAUUUUUCAAUUUGAUAACGGAACAAUAUGUAUACAACUAUUAAUUGGUCUUUGCGCUGAAUGCGACAUAAAUAUAGUGCUAUUUAAUGCCAUACGCGACAAAGAGUUAAAAAAGUUGACAGUAAAAGGUUCUUUGAAGGCUGCGAUACAUGGUUUGCCUACAUGGCAAUUUGUCACAAUCGAGCAUUUAACCAAAUAUGAUAACGCAAUCAUGGAGUUAACACCCAAACUUAAUUCAAAAAGUUCUAAUCCGUUGUGGGCGGUAGCAAAUGUUCGUCAAUGUCCCAAAACUGGAUCAUUGAGAAAGAGUAUUAUGCUUUCUAAGCACAAUUUGACCCGUGUAUGGCCAAAUGUGACAUGCCAAAAAUUAUUUUAUGAUAAUCGUAUCGUCGUGAGUAGUAUAUGGGAUGCCAAACUAAAUAUGAAAUUGGAUGAUGCAGAGUGUCCUGAAGGACGAAUAGGGCCAAGAUGUCUAGAGUUUUGCAAACGUGACGAUGAGGGUAAUCAUGUAUGCAAAGCAAGUGCAAUUUGUUUUAAGGAUGGUUGCACCUGUCCCGCAGGUUACGUGGGAGCCCAUUGUACUAAACCUUGUGAAAAAAAUACAUACGGACAUGACUGCAAAAAGGCGUGUGGAUCAUGUAUGACCAAACAAACCAAACAAGAACAAUCAACAUCUUUAUGCAAUAUAGUAAAUGGAACGUGUAAUUACGGAUGUAAUAUCAAUCCAGAAAAACUUUAUAUACCACCUUUGUGCCAAAUGAGUAUAAACAAGCCGCGAGUACCAAUAAUUUCCCUUCUAAGCGCUAGAAGCAUAUUGCUCAAACAUCCUAUGAUAUGGAAAGACAAAUACGAAGGAUCGCUCUCUUAUUCUUUCAGAAUUAGAGGCAGAGACGGUAUUAGUAAUAAUUACAAUUGGAAGCCGAUAUUUCAGAAUACGACAAAUUUGCUAGAGUAUUGUGGAAAUUUAGAUCCCGGUACCAUUUAUCACAUUGCCUUCGCAUUACGUUUCUGUCAACAUAGCAUGUUGUGUAACGUCACGGAAAGUGAAUGGCAAACCACAGAGACAAAUUGCAGGCCAUCUGAUGGCUUCCUGCUGAAAAUUGAAAAACUGCGUUUGACGAUUAAUACAAAGCCUAAUGCAAGCCAAGAUUUAUGUCCGCCAAAUUGGUAUAGACUGAUAGUACAGAAUACAAAUACGGACAAAGAAAUCUUAAAUACGUCUCUUCACAAAUUUCCAUAUGAAGUAUCUUCUUUACCAAUCACUACGAUUACUGUCAUUAUAUUGCACAAAAAUCAGAAAAUAUUUUCCGAAACAAUUAGUACAAGCGAGGAAGUCCCAUCUGAGAUAUCAAAUAUUAAAAUCUUAUCUGUAUCCAAUACGAACGUAAUUCUGACGUGGACGGCCCCAAACCAACCACGUAACAAAAUACUGCGGUAUAGUAUAAUGUUACAGGUUCGAGAAUACUUUGGUUGUGAAAACUCUUUCGCUUUGAAUAAUCCCAGCACUAAGCACUGGACAAACAGUACAAGAAUUACAAUUCAGAAAUUACAUCCAUAUACAAAGUAUGGCGUAGAAAUCGUAGCUUACAAUUCAGGAUAUAGCAGCGCGCCUGCAAAAAUAACGUUUGAGACAAAAACAUCUGUUACAGUAACGGAAGUAUUUAGUCGCAUAAACGUGCAGGGAUGGAAUAUGACAUGGAAACCGCCUAAAGACUGCAAAACAAUUAUGGGACCAUUAAAUGCCAGGAUAGAAAUACGCGGAAUUAGUGACGUAGUUAAAGACUUUUACACAGUGAAAAAUACGUCAAACUACUAUUUAUCCUUGAAUGAUAUUCCAUUAUACGGUGCCGAACAAUACGUAGCAAAACUUUAUGUAAUAAGAUAUGCGAUAAAAUAUACGUCUAUCCCUUCUAUUUAUCAAGCAUAUGGAUUUGAAACUUCGCCUGGAGUUCCACCCAGGGUAACCAAGUUGGAGGUUUACGAAAUUGACAAUCGUCAAAAGCCCCCUGUUGUUCACUUGAGAUGGCAAAGUCCACUUCCACCUCUCAACGGAACAUUGCGUACUUAUCGCAUCCGAUCAUGCAAUGCAACCAAGUGUGCCAAUACUGACGUUCAGUUAAACGCGAUGUGCACCUUGUGGGACAAUUACAUUUGCGGAUCUAUUCAAACAUAUUACGAUAAUCAGACAAUUGAAGUUGUCGCGUAUAACAUGGGUGUUCCCGAACCAGGCGUUCCAUUUGAAGUAUCUAAGACAAUGCUUGAUAAGACAAUGCUUGCAAUUCCAGACAAACCUAGCAAUUUCAGCAUUACAGUUCUUAACAAUAGCGUCGUGGAUCUACAAUGGUAUCACCCUUGGAAAACGGGUAACCAUCUGAAGUAUUUUUACAUCCAGAUAUACUUGACUUCCACAAAUUUCCAAAAGCUUUGCGAAGAAGAUGAUCUUUUGAAAACUCGCGGUUUGCCUACUACUGUCAAGCUUUCGGUGACGAAUUAUACGCGCUAUUAUAGCAAGCGGCUAUACUUGUUUCCAUCAACGCGAUAUAUCGUCUCCAUUCAAGCUGUGACAUACGCGAACAAAUUCAGCGAGACAAUGUAUAAGACAUUUAAAACGCCUUCAACUUUAACAUUCAAUGGUCAUCUAGAAUAUAUGCUGUAUGACUCCAUUUACACAAUCUCGUUGAAUAUACCACCUGUUCUGAACAAUACACAGAACAGCAUGAUGCAUAUCAUAGUGAAAGGACCCCAAGAGACCAAAUCUUGCGAAACACACUCAAAAAUACCAGAGGAUCUACAAGCGUAUGUAGGCAUAGAUGCGAACGAUGUUGCUUGGCAAGCCGCUGAACUCCCGACUCUAGAGCUCGCAGGCAAACCAUUCAUAGUUGGCAACAAUCUAUCUUAUGGCAAUGCCAAGAACUGUCCAUUGCGAUCUAAGGAAUUUUAUGAAAUAACGGUUAUCAUAACCGAACAUAACCAAAAUGUGCAUAACAAGCCUAACAUGCUUAAAAUAUCGAUUUUUAAUGCUACGGAGUCAUCAACGGAACAUAAAAAAUGGCUCAUAUUUAUAAUAUUAAUUUUCGUUGUACCAGGUGCAGCUUUUUAUUUCUACCAAAGCAAAAAAAGACAGAAAACGCAGCAAACUGAUACGAUCUUGGCAGAAUACGUAACAUAUGAUGAUGUACAAAUGCCAGAUCAAACUAUAUCCGUGAUAUAAAAUUUAAAGCAAAACAGUUUGACUCUCAUAAACAACAAUUGUUCAACCACCCAGUGUAGAAGUGCAAUAAUUGUCAUCGAAAAUAACAAGAUUUCUUGAUCCUAUUUUUAAUUUCUGAUCACAAAAUAUUGUAUUAAAUUGAAUUACCAGAAUAAUAUAUAUAUAAUGGUAUUAU